AUGUUGAGUGAAGAUUUAAAAUGGCGUAUUAUCUAUUAUUAUGAAGAAAGUUAUAAAUCAAAAGAAAUUGCUAAGAGGUUAUAUGUCAGUAAAAUAACGAUUACUAAUAUUUGUAAAAUUUUUGAUAAAUGGGAAUGUGUUAAUGAUUCAUUCACCAGAAAGUUAGGAAAAAGGAAAAUAUUUACAUCAGAGGAUAUGCAGAUACUGCAAGAUAUUGUUCAGAAAAAAGUUGAUUAUUAUUUAGAUGAAUUAAUUUAUGAAAUGGAAAUAAAAACUGGAAAGUUGGUUUCAAUACCAAUAUUAUGCCGCUCUUUUCAACAUUGUGGUAUUAUUAGAAAGAAAUUGCAAAAAGUAGCACAUGAACAGAAUGAAACAUUACGUGGUUUUUUUAUGUAUCAAAUAGGGAUAGAAUAUAAUGCAGAACAACUUAUUUUUAUUGAUGAGACGUCUAAUUAUUAA